UUUAAUAAAAAUUUUCAAUAAUAAAAAGAAAAAACCCACUAACUCAAUUCUCUCCUUCUAAUUCUCUUUUGUUUGUCUUUUGCAGUGUGACAUCUGGUCGCUGGGUAUAACCGCCAUCGAAAUGGCCGAGGGACAAGAACCUUACGCAGGGCAAUACCCAGUGGAGCACCUGAUAAGAGAAGCCCAACCACCGAAGCUUCGAUCAAAGACCUGGUCACAAAGUUUUGUGUCUUUUCUGGAGUCCUGUUUGAAGAAGGAUCCUUCUGAGAGAGGGAGUGCCGAAGAACUCCUGCAGCACCCAUUCAUCAAAGAACUGCCCCCUAAGAAGAUCAUCAGGGCUGAGAUUGAAGAACAUCUCCGGGCUCUGCAGAACCGGCCGGCCAAGAAAGGAUUGAAGGGAAAAGCUAUGAAACAGCUGCGUCGCGCUUGUGACUUCUACGCACGCAACACAGCAAAGGAACAACAAGUGGCUCUGCAAAUGGCCCUGGAGGGCUUUCCCUGUAACUGAUCUUGUGGCCAGUAACAUCCACAGCCCAGAAUGAAUCUCCUGUGUAAAAUCCUAGGUGAAAGAAACAUCCACAGAGAAAGGUGAAGCAGCUGAACCAGUGGUGACUUUGAGAUUAGUGCAGUUCCACCAGCAGUGUCUGCUCCUCUCCCUGAAGCGCCAGGAUGAUAAUUUACUAAUGUAACCAGUGGCAUCUAUCUUGAGAUCAUGCAACACCACCAGCAGUCUCACAUUCAAGGUUCACAUCUCCACCAGUGGUACCUUACAUUUCAACUACUGUACCAUUAUUCUACCCAUUGCUUCUAUAUUUCAUACAACUUUGUGCAACACCACCAGCUUCUUCUACUUCUGCUGCUCCUCCUCCACCAGACUCUAUCAUGCCAACACACCUCCAGCAUCUACAGUUUCCACCAGCAUUAUCCUUUGCAGCUACUACAAUUCCAGCAGUGGCACCUUACUGUAUAUCUACCAUAUAUUUGGCUCCACCACCAGCUACCAACUUUUUUUAUUCUGCUGCUCUUCUAUCAGCAGACCACCAUGCUGGUACACCUUCAGCAUUUGCAGUUCCACCUACCAUAGCCCAAACAGUGCCUCUAUUUAUGGCUCAUUUAAUAUCUAAUUUCAGGCUACCACAGCUACAACAGUGGUGUUUGGAAUUCAUGUGACUACAUCAUAAGUCUCUAAAUUCAUCACAUUUUA